AUGUCGACUCUCCCUCGUUCCCCCAAGAAUUCACGGUUCAUUACCCAGAAACGGCCGCACUCGGACUUUGAUGCGGGAAUCAACUCGUCGACUGCUUGGACUGAGCAUCUCGAGGCAACUGGGUCGCUCUCAGAUGAUGAGCCUGAAGAGGAAGAUGGAGAACACCGUCAGGCUCGAGCCUUGUACAACUUUGAAGGAAAGACGGAGUUCAGAGAGCUCAGUGUCGAAGCCGGCGAUGAACUAGAAGUGGUUAAGGAGGAUCUGGCUGACGGGUGGAGUUUGGUGAAGAAUGUGGCAGGGGAGAUUGGCCUAUUGCCAAGGACAUACUAUACGUUUACCGCCGAUUUUACUACGGCACCUGAAGUGUCCCUUUCUGGUUUCACUACCCAUCACCAACGGGAUGCAUCGAGCAGCACGAUAACUCCACGGGGGUCGUUACGGACCGAAGAAAUCGUGCCUCAGAACACCGGGGAGUGGAGAGCGGCAUUUCCGAGUUUCCGUCAAAGCUUACUUGGAGGGAAAAGUCUCAAUCGGUUUUCUACAUUUGUCACGAGUGGUGCGGAGGAAUGGGUACUCAAGGGGUCGGCCGACUCGGAAGCGGUUCUAGCAGCGCAGGCUGCUGCUGAAGCUGCCUCUCAUCAACGAUUUUCAACAGCCGAUGAAGAUGAUUCUGAAGAAGCAGAAGAGGAGCGAAAUCGCCUCAAUCGACUUGGUUUAGGCGAAGCAGACCACCACUUUGUCGAUGCAGGACACAACUGGAAGACUAAACUACCCCCCUUCCAAGUCUUAGUUCAUUCUCCAUCAAAACGGACCUCGACACUGUCUGGCUCGUUCACCAUCUAUAAUGUAACCGCACUAUUUCACCCUCCUCCAACCGACAACGACUCUUCUCCUGGUUCGCCCACGCGCGUUACCGUCUAUCGCCGGUUCUCCCACUUUGUUAUCUUGCAUACCGCUCUGACCCGACGACUUCCCGGAAUCGCCCUUCCACCGCUACCCGAAAAGCAAUAUGCUGGCCGGUUUAGCGAAGACUUUGUUGAGGCCAGAAGAGGAGAUCUAGAGCGUUACAUCUCUCGCAUAGUCCGACAUCCAGUUGCCCGGUAUGCGGAGGUCGUCACUUUCUUUCUGGGUUGCGAGAGUGAUACCGAAUGGAAACGCUUAGUUCCGCAACACCUCGCAAUGCCAGCUGCAGGCCCCUCAUUCUAUGCCCGCGUGUUCCAUCCCGACUUCAACGUUGAUGCAGACGAGGCCUCUGACGCUGUUGAGCGAUUCGACACACAUACGCGAGCCGUGGGAAAGGGUGUCCAGGGCCUACGUAAUAUCUUCGGCCGUGUCCGAGACGCACGAAUCGAGAUGUCCAAGGCCGAGCGACUUCUGUCAUACUCGCUGCUUUCCUUGAUCACCUCCCAGACACUCGCCUCUGCACCCGUCACAGGAGCCAGUGUUGAAGAGGAGGAAUACAACGUGAAGGGUAAAGGUUUGUUGAAUGAAGACGGUGCUUGGUGUUGGCGAGAGGGGUGUUCAGAUUGCUUGAAGCUCACUAAUGCCAUGCAAAAGACGUCGGAGGUGCUGCAAAGUGUGGCUGAUCUAUACGAUGAUCAUGCUCGAAGAACACAACUAUCGACCCACGAGGCGCUCAAAGGUGUCGCCCAUCCUUCUUCAUUAUACCAGGGCGUCAUCACGACACAUCGAUCUACACUGAGCCGGUAUUCCCAAGCUACGACUAACCAUACUGAUGACGAAAUGGCCUCACGAUGCGAAACAGUGUUAAACACCACCAUGGCCGAGAUGGAGACCUAUCACACUCAGAAGACGGAGGACUUUUCCACAUUGGCGAAGGACCAUCUCGACGGCGAAAUUGCCUUUUACGAACAAGUACUCAGCAGACUCAAGACCGCCCGCCGCGGCUUUGACGAGCCGCAAUUCACACAACUCGGCGCGCAGGCGAGGCAGGCGUCGAUAUAUGAACGCGAACUGGAGCAUCCAAGACUGACACCGCCACCGUUGUCUCAGCCGGCACCGCAUGUCUUUGAUGCGGCGCCAAUGCGACCAGUUUCUGUCGCAAUCCAGGAGGGAAUGGGCAUGCUGUUGGGCCCAAGUUCACGUGGGAGUGUGUUUGGCAAGUUCUGGUGA